CCAACGAUGUCUAGAGAGAAGAUGCAGCUGACCGACAGAAGAUGGCAGCCACCAAAGCACUGAGGGUCACCCCUCCUUGGCCAUUUUCGUCCCAGCUCCAAGUGUCUCUCCAAGAUGGCCUGUAACAGCACGUCCCUCGAGACUUACCAACACCUGCUGCUGAACGCCAGCAACGUGACGGACCCCGGGGCCACGGUCCUGCCCGCCCCGCUCAGGAUCACGCUGGCCGUGGGGAUGCUGCUCAUGAUCGCGGUCGGCUUCCUCGGCAACACGGUGGUCUGCGUCAUCGUGUACCAGAGGCCGGCCAUGCGCUCCGCCAUCAACCUGCUGCUGGCCACGCUGGCCUUCUCCGACAUCAUGCUGUCCGUAUGCUGCAUGCCCUUCACCGCCGUCACCCUCAUCACCGUCCGCUGGCACUUCGGGGACGGCUUCUGCCGCCUCUCGGCCACUCUCUACUGGUUUUUCGUCCUAGAGGGGGUGGCCAUCCUGCUCAUCAUCAGCGUGGACCGCUUCCUCAUCAUCGUGCAGCGUCAGGACAAGCUGAACCCGCGGAGGGCCAAAGCGAUCAUCGCCGUCUCCUGGGUGCUGUCCUUCUGCGUCUCGGUCCCCUCGCUCUCGGGCUGGACGUUCGUGGAGAUGCCCGCGCGGGCCCCUCAGUGCGUGCUGGGCUACACGGAGCUCCCCGCUGCCCGCGCCUACGUGGUGACGCUGGUGGCGGCCGUGUUCUUCGUGCCCUUCGGCGUCAUGCUGUGCGCCUACACGUGCAUCCUCAACACGGUGCGCAAGAACGCCGUGCGCGUGCACAACCAGUCCGACAGCCUGGACCUGCGGCAGCUGUCCCGCGCCAGCCGGCGGCGGCUGCAGCGCCAGCACCAGGUCAGCGUGGACCUGAGCUUCAAGACCAAGGCCUUCACCACCAUCCUCAUCCUCUUCGUGGGCUUCUCCCUCUGCUGGCUGCCCCACUCGGUCUACAGCCUCUUGUCUGUGUUCAGCCGGCGCUUCUACUACGGCUCCUCUUUCUACGCCACCAGCACCUGCGUCCUGUGGCUCAGUUACCUCAAGUCCGUCUUCAACCCCAUCGUCUACUGCUGGAGAAUCAAAAAAUUCCGCGAGGCCUGCAUAGAGCUGCUGCCCCAAACCUUCCAGAUCCUUCCCAAAGUGCCUGAGCGGAUCCGGAGGAGAAUCCAGCCGAGCACGGUCUAUGUGUGCAACGAGAACCAGUCUGCCGUCUAGGGAGGGCC